AUGGUGAGGCAACAAAAAGCCUCCAAGGUUCAUGAGGAUAGAGAUCCCUCGUGUCAUUCCCGUGGAGGCAAGAAGGAUGAGUUAGUGAAGCAUGACAUGUUGGAUCCACCAAGGUAUCUCCGAAGAACUGAAGAUAUCCGAGGAAAGGCGCUGAGUUUCGGCGUUUUGGAUUGGAAACAGUUUGAGAAAUGGAAAGAUUCUAAUUCUACAGAGGGAAGCAAAGGAGUGUGUUGUAGCUAUGCUUCUUCGUACGCUGGUUCAGCGGAAACUGCUGCAAGUUCUUUGGAGCUAGAUUUAGCAACAGGGGUUGUCAAGAGGUUGGAGCAAGACUUGAAGCCACAAGCAGCGUCUGUGACUUUCAAGGUUAGAUCACAAGAGUGUUCAGAUGGAACGAGAGUGGAUGAACAGAGGAAACUAAAUCACCAGCUUCUGAGUGUGAAGCAGAAAGAACAACAAGCGUCUCUGAAGAAGAAUCUGGUAGAGAAAGAAGAGAGUAAUAAUGCCUCUGAGCUUGGUUCGUGUACUUUCGGCGGUCAGACAAAUCCAGGGUCAGAGACAAGUUCCAAGCUUUUACCUGAGGUAUCUACAACAUCUGGAUGUCAAGAUAGAAGAAGACAUGAUGUCGAAUGUUCAAGUCCGGUGAACCAGAUUUCAGUUGAGAAACAUGUGGCAUCCAAGAAGGGGAGACAUGUUUCUCCCAACAGGCGGUUUAGCUUCAGUUUUAGUCAGAUGAGUAGAAGUUUCAGUUCCAAAGAAAGCUCAUCGUCUGUUCCUUCAUUGUCGAGCACGUCUCAAGCUUCAGCUAAAUCAGGUCCUUUGACAUUCCACGACUCAGUUUAUGUCAGAACAAAACCGAAUGGUCACAGCAGAACUAGAUCAGGUCCAUUAGUAAUACCCAAGAGCGAAAAGAAUGUGCCUUUACAAGUGGCUUCAAAACAACUUUCUACCAACACAAGACCACCAAGAUCAAGAUCCCACGCUCUUCUGCAAUUCACUUUGAGAAAAGGUAUCAACUUGUAUCAGUUCGUGGUCGACAACAACAGCGAUAACGUUCUUGCUGCCACCAUGAAGAGCUCUGAUUCUUCAAGACGGUCUUACACAUUGUAUUCCGUCAAAGAAGUGAAGAACAAGAGUGGGAACUGGUUAGGCCGCCACAGGAACAGCAACGAAGAGAAAAACCAUUCCUUUGCGCAAACGAUUAUCGGUCAGGUGAAGACCGCUACUUCGUUAACCUCGGAUUUAGCAACCCUCAAAUCAGAAUCUGUUUUGUUCGGUGUUGAGACGGCAAACGAGGAGCUCGCAGCGAUUGUUCAGACGAGGAACAGGGUUCGGAGGCAUAGCACAAGUACUAUCAUACUCCCGAGUGGAUUCCACACACUGCCUAAAGACGGUAAUGCCCCUUUACCGUUGAUUGAUCGGUGGAAAUCCGGUGGAGCAUGCGACUGCGGUGGCUGGGACAUCGGAUGCAAACUCCGUGUGCUCUCUAAUGACCAAACAAAGUCUCAAUCUUUCUCGAGCUUUCAAUUGUUUGAUCAGGAAAGAGACGAACCGGCAUUCAAAAUGGUGACACACGACGAUGAACUCCACUCGGUUGAGUUCGGCUCAUCGGUCUCUCUCUUGGAAGCGUUCUUCAUUUCGUUAGCAGUGAGCAGUCAUCAGAAUUGGUGUGAGGAGGAGGAGGAAGCAGAGUUGAUCGGAGAUAAUGCGUUGAUGAAGCGAGAAACAUCGACGAAAUACGCAUCAAACCCACCGGUUUCUCCUAUCGGUCGGGUCUAG